ACCCUUCUUCCUGUCUCCAUCACAGCUUUUUGAAAUGUGGCUCGUGGUCGCUUCCGUCCCGCUGCUUCCCGCCCUCAUCAUGGUAUCCAGUCGUUAUCGAGUCAAAGUUUUCUCGCUGUGCCGUCGAGCUCUGUCCUGGGCGUUGAGGCUGCUGAGAGGGAAAGUGUGUGUGAGGAGCACCCAUUCCUUUGUGUUCUCCAAAUGCACCCAUGGCAAAGCCGACAGCGUCCUGGAGACCUUUGACCUCUACGCCGAGAGUCACCCGUCUCUCUGCAUCGGCCCACAGAUUGGUGAAGCACUGGAUGAAGCAGUGAGGCGCCUCCAUCCCUCCCGGUCGUUGGAGCUGGGGAUGCACUGUGGCUACAGCUCUGUCCGCAUGCUGCGUCUGCUGCCUUCUGCUGGCAGACUGGUCACAGUGGAGCUGGACCCACUCACAGCAGAGCUAGGGGAGGAAAUCAUACUGGUGGCUGGAUUCAAACACCCCCAGUUCCAGGUGUUGACAUCCAGCUCAGCGGAGGCCAUCCCAACCUUGCAUUCAUUUCUGGAGCUCAAUCAGGGGACCAGCGAGGGUCUAAAUCUGGUUCUGAUGGACCAUGACCCCGAGCAGUACCUCCCAGACCUGCUGGCUCUGGAGAAAGAGGAGCUCCUCUGCCCCUCUGGUUGCUCCGUCCUCCUGACCUACAGGAACCAAAGAGCCGGAGAUCGCAGAGAAAUCCUGGGUCACGUCAGAGCGAGGCCCGACUGCUACAGCGUCAAGUCAGAGCUUCAGUUUAUGAUGGAGAUCUUCUACCAAAAGAAAAGCACGAGGAUAGAUACAUGA